UAAAUCAGUAUCACAGCAACUGUCGCCGCGGACGCACGAAUAACGGGAAACGAGUAAACUGCGCAAAAUUUAAAACGAAAACAAACAAUUACUAUUAAAAAAAAACAAUUAAAAUUUAAACAAAAAGUGUUAUUAAACUUAAAAUAUAUAUUAAAAGUAAAAUAAUUUAAUAAAAUAUUAAGUUAGAAGCACAAAAAUUAUGCUCAAAGAGUGGGUGUAAUUGAAGAGUAAAAAACAAGCUGUUUUUACGGCAAAUUUAAGUGAAAAAAUAAUUAAAAAACCACCAAAAACUUGGCAAUCCCGAAAUACUACAAAUUCGCCUUGAACACAUGCACACAAAAACAUUUGUAUCCUUCAUUUAACGGGAUAACAAGAAAUAGCUAUAAAACUCAACAGCAAGCAGAGAGAUACUACACCACAAUGAUUGUCAAAAAAGUAUGGUGAAUUACACAAUGUCUUAUCAUUUGCUGACUCGCUCUUUUUGCACUCUCUCUCGUUCUUGCUCUCAACAACCAUCAUUGCAAUGUCUAUUACAGUUUGAGUGAAAUGUAAGCAAAACGCACGUAUACGCGAAGGAAAGAACAUCGUGCACGGUUAAACGCGAGUGUAGUUUUGAAAGGAAAAUAUAAAAAGGAAAACACAAAUUCAAAUAAAAAUAUUGCAAAAAAAAUAUUAAUCAAAAGUGAAAAAAUAAUAGAAUAAAAAAAUCGAUAAAAUGCAAUUAAAUAAUCAUACAAUAUAUAAAGUAAAUAAUAUUUAUACAUAAAUUAAAUGAUUGAAAAAUACAAAAAAAAUAAAAUAUUAAACGAAAUAGUGCGUGUAAAAGAGUUUUGUGUGUCUGUGUUUUUUUAGUAGUUGUAAAUGUGUGUAUGUAGAUAAUGUAACAACUCUCCUUACAAAUAACAAAAAAGAGUUUCGAAACAAAUAAAAGAUAAACGAGCGAAAAAAAAGGAAUAAAAAAGGAAAAAUGACAAGAACAUAAAACUAAAGAAAACUUAAAACAAAAAUAAAACAAGUGAGAGCAAGUGUGCGUGUAUUAGAGUUUUUUUCUUGUGAGUGAGUUUUAUUUUAAAUAAAAAUACAAAAAACUCAUACACAUACAACAACUACAAGUACUUUUGGCCUAGUACUUCUUGAAGUAGCAACCAACCAACCCCCCAAAACAGGAAUCAUACUUAACCUCUUUGUUCACCUUGUUCCAAGCCAAAUAGCAACAACAACAACAACUAGAGACAAAAAUUAAAAAAGCAAAAAGUAAAAAAAAAAACACACAAAAAAGUGUAAUAAUAAAAAAUAAUAGUGUAGAAAAUAUAAAAGAAAAUAUCAUAAUGGAGCAGCCCAGCAUACUUGUUAGAAUUUUACAUUCGAUACCGCAUGUGAACUACACAUUUCAACGGGUUAAUGACACCUUCAAUCCGGACAGCGAUGUUUAUCUAGAGAGUCUGGGCAUUUUGGCUUCAAUUCCCGCCGGUUUAUUAAUAUUAUCACUGUUUGGCUUACUAUUAUAUCUGCUCACACGCUGCUGUGACCGUAAGCAACGAAAACCCAGCGCACAAAGAUGUCAAAGUUGUUCUUUGGUGAUUAUUACAUUGAUGACAUGUGCUGCCAUAGGUUUGGGUCUCUAUGGCAACGAUGAUUUCCAUAAUGGUUUAUUACAAGCAUUCAGUUCCGGCAAACAAGUGGAAGGACUUGUAUUGAGCUUAAAACGACAGACUGAAGCCAUAAAACAUGAUCUCGAAACUAAAAUGAAUCAACAUAGACUCGAAGCACAAAUAGAAAAAGUACAAUAUAAUCAAACUGCUGUAAUGUUGUUAAUUGAAACGUGUGGUUUAGUGCGCGAAAAUACCUCACGUGCUGUUACCAGUCUCGAUAACAUGGUGCUAUAUUUUAUGAAAACCAAAGGCAGUGAAAAUGAUACCUCCCUAAUGGGUUUAUUACAUUUGGGUGAACUUUAUGAAUCGAUACGAUGGCCUGCAACUUUAGGUUUCCUUACGCUUUUACUACUGCUGUGUACCGUAUUGGUAAUAGGCGUGGCACGUCGUUCUCGCUGUGCCUUGAUAUUCUUUAGUGUAGCUGGUCUAUUUUGUAUAAUUAUAUGUUGGCUAUUGGCGGGUGUUUAUCUGGCAUCGGCUGUAGCCGCUGGUGACUUUUGUAUGCGUCCACAUGAGUACAUGUGUCGUCAGGUGGGAAUGCGGAGUCCUUACGUUUACUUCCUUAACUGUGGCACCUUACGCAAUCGCUUCAUUUUACGCCUGAAUGAAUCACGUGAUCUGGUGGAACGUGCUCGUGAAUCAGUUUAUUUAAUACAAAGAAUGAGCCAAGAAACGUAUCCACGUAUAGAUGUACACAAAACACUAGAGUCCAUGGAUAAUGAUUUAGAGGAAACGAAACGUAAUCUCACCGUUUUAUCAGCAACUUUGGAUAGACGUGCCAUAGAUCGUCAUUAUUCAGAGGCUUUAAGAGGUCUUUGUGGCGGCGGUCUUUUAGGUUUAAGUCUGAUGAUGGUAGCCGGCCUUUUGACAUCUUUUCUCUUCACCAUACUUGUCUAUGCCGAUUCACAUGCUUGGAUCUAUUUAAGCAAACGAAGACCCUCUGUGGAUGCCGAUAAAUCCGAAACAGCACCUUUAUUCCCCUCUAAUGCACCAAGUGCAAAUAUAUCACCCACAGCACCAGUCCAUCAUACGGGCACUAUUAAUCGUACCCUUUUACAUCAUCAGCAGACCCAUGGCGUGUCCGCAGGCCAUAGUGGCACCUUGGGUGGCACACGCAGCAAUGGUGCCGCCAAUGGAUUGAGAACAGGGUUGGCAUCAUACAACAAUCAUCAUAAAACUAACACACUACAUAGUGGUGGUGGUGCGGCUGGUAGUGGCAAAUUAUCACCCUCACCACCGCCAGGUUAUGAUGUUGUGGUGCAUGGCACAAGAUCUUCGGGCCAUCAUACCUUAGGGCGACUGCCUUCGCAUCAGCAACCCAGCUAUAUGCCUGGUCCUAAUAACGGCAAAUAUGCCACACUUAGCAAACAAUGUAAGACUUUGGAAGCCAACGAUUUUUACUGAGAUUCGCUUGCCUGCAGCUCUAAUGCAGGCAAUAGCAGUAUACGACUUAAUAGCAUUACCGCCUCCAAUGGUAUUGGAAGAAAUUCAAUUAAAAGUAUGUUUGCCUCAGCCACUCUACCACGUUCGGCUGGUUCUUCGCUACGUUCUGUAUUGUCCGCCCAAACUUCGAAUACGGUUUGCAGAUCAACUGGCAAUGGUUUGGAUCUGGAUGACGAUAAGGAUCCACGUGAUGUUACCAACAAUAGCUUUAAUCGUUUCGAUCCCAAAUACAUUAGCAUAGGUCCGAAAGCGGUAAGGGGCAAUAAUAAUUUGAGUGUGCUAGCUGCUGCUACGGCCAAUAAGUGUGCUACUUUAGGGCGACCACAUGGUGGUCGUUAUGGAGGAUCCUUGAAGGGUACUAGUCCUUCUCCUAAUUUGCGUAGUGCCAAGACUCCUUCAAUUUCAACCGUAUCCAAAGACUAUUGUCCUCAGCCGGAUUGCAUACCUCAAUCAUAUGUGAAUAAUACUACUGAAAUGCUAGUGCCUCAGGCAACUCAGCCACCGCCUCCACCUCUUCCGCCGCCAAAGCCCAAGAAUACAUUUACCGAGAUACCGGGCACUACAGGUGUAGGCAGUUCAUAUGCCAAAGAACAAUUACAAAUGCAAUUACAAAUUCAGCAACAGCAGCAACAACAGCAGCCUCAGCAAUAUCAAUUACAAGAGAUACAACCAGCAACAGUAACACCUACAGUUCAGCGACCAUUGCCAGUUCAGCAUCAUCCACCGACAACACAUAUUCUGCCACCGUCAGCGGUCUACAGUAUCGAGAGCUCCAGUUAUCAACAACAACAGCAGCAGCAACAACAAUUACAGCAACAAAUACAACAGCAGCAGAAUGAACCUCCUCCUCCUUUACCACCACCACAAAUCAUACCCUCCGUUGCAUCCAGACCUCUACCUCCACAACCAGUAGCCGCACCUGCACCACCACCACAACUACCCCGCUCUCUAAAUCCAAAUUCAAUCAUUAAUCAACCUUUACCCGAAAUACCUACACAACAAAAUCAACCGCAACCAGCCCCUCCACCCGUUCAGCAAUCCAAAAUAUCACCCCAGCCCUUGUGUGCAGCCAACCUAAACCAGUAUCGUUCGCUGCAAAGACCACAGCAGCAGAAACUGCAACUACCAGCACAAACUCAAACCACUUCACAACAGCAACUGAAUCAAUUGAACCAAACUCAGCCUCAAAUCCAAUUGCAACCACCUAGUCUACCACCUAAAAAUCGUCACAAAUCUCGAGAGCACAACUCGAAUAUCCAACAAAUGCAGACUCUACCUCCCAAAUCAAAUAGUUUACGCCACCAACAAGUAGCCACGAACAACUACGAACAGGAAAGAGAUCGCGAACGAGAUAGAGAACGUCAAAGAGAACGCGACCGGGAUCGCGAACGAGAGAAACACGAACGUUCACGACGCUCCGAGACCUUGGACAAUGCACGUUCAAAUGCCGCCUACAUGGAUCAACAUUCCAUUUCAGUCAAAAAGCAACAUUCUUAUGAAACCUCACAGCCAUCAAGCUAUCAUCAACGCCAUCCUGCAGCGACCACGCCAAACAACAACUACCAUUCAACCAUCUUAACGAAGCAACAACAUCAGCAACAAUUGCUGGUCGAGGCUCACCAGCAACAGAUGUACUAUCGCUCGCUAAAACGUGGUGGAUCUCAUGCCAACAAUGACAUGUAUUCGGUGACCGAAUUGUAGGAAUGCGCCUGCUGUGGCGGCGGUGUUGAUGUCGUGAGACGCACUAAGUGUUCCACAGCAUCUAAUGCCUCUGCCGCAGCAAUGGGCAAUAGUUCAUGCGUAGCACCCAUACCUCUACCGCCCAAGAAACACCAACGUUCCUCGUCAAGCGGCAGAGAACCUCGAGAAUCGGCGGUAUCCGCCUCAUAUAAUGCCAACAAGUGCGAAGACCACGAAUAUGAUGAAUAUUGUCCGGGAGCAUAUGAGCCCCAAACGCCUCACCAUCAGGGCUCCAGGCAAUCUCACCUUUCCACCGGCAACUCCUCAACAUCAACGAAACAUCAACAAAGGUCUGCUACAUUUGAUGUGGCUGAUGCUCGUGAUUAUGAGCUGAAACGUUUGGGCAAUCGAAGAUCCCAGUCGCAAAAUGCUACCAAUUUAAAGCAAGCACGAAAUGGUGGCUUAGUGGUCAGCAGCGCUGAUCACCAUCGUGGAGAACGUACGCAUGAUCGUGAGCGAAGUCGCAGUGAUCAUCGCAUAUCCAGCUAUGCAUGCGAUGAUUCCUCUUUAGCCAUGAGUCAUGCUUUCAGUGGGAAUGUGGGUAAUGGUACCAUAACGCAUCAUCACAACCAUCACCAGCAACAACAGAUGCAACAACAACAACAUCGGCAACAACAACGCCGCGAAAAAACAUUUAAAGUAUGAUUUUUAGAGACGUCAUAAAAAUUUAGCCCCACUACCGAGGGGUCACCCACACCCAAGCGGGUGCAAACCAUCUAUGUGGCAACGUGGUAAAAACACCCUACUAACAGCUGGCAAUUUUGAAUGACAUUCAUUCAUCAUGCAAUCGAACGAACAAGAUCAUUUGCCCAGAGUAUGGCGGAGGUGACUGGUAAAAGGUAACCAAAGUGGUGGCGGCAAAAGGAGCGGAUUUGUAAUAAUAAUGAUAAUUUUAAGGAGACCAGCUGUGGAUUUGUUGCUUUAUUUAAUUGUAACUAAUUAUGUUGGCACAAUUGGCACCGUUAGUUCCGCCUAGUAGUUUUAAUGUUACUUAUACUAAAAAUUAAUUGAAAUUUGCUCUAAAGCUGUGAAACAAAAUAUUUGUAUUUGUAUUUUAGGGUAUGUUUUUUAUUACUUAUUAUUACUAAAUCAGUUUUAAUCAAAAGCGUUUAGGUUUUAUUAUAUCAUUAUAGUAAGAAAAACAAAUCAGUUGUAGUGGCAACAGUGGAGUUUAAAUUGUGACUCUCAUCACACACUUUCACUUCACUUCAAAACUAAUACGAAAACAAAAACUUACUCACUGCUCAAUUGUUUCAUUACAACACCAAAGCACUCUCCAAACUACAGACAAGAGAUACAAAAGAAACCAUAAAUUAUAAUCCAAAAAAUUAAAUAAUAAAGUGAAAAUUAACGGGAUAAACCAAAGUUUCCCCCUCUGCUUUCUAUAAUUUUACAAAUUUUUAACUAACCAAGAUACAAUUAUUCUGUUGCAUUGAAAAUACUUGAACAAUGAUUUCUUCUCAACCAAACUUACUCUCUAAUGCUCUCUAGAAAUACCUUGGAUUUGAUAAUUGUAUUAAGUCCGUUAUUGCAAAUUGCUUAAUCUCAAAACAAAAGAGAAAUAAUUUUUAUUAUUACUUUUUUAUAAAAAAAAAUAAGUUGUAUUCCUUUUUUUAAACUUUAUUUAUUAGUUUAUUAUUAUUAUUAUUAUAAGAAGUAAAAAUUAGCAAAAAGAAUCAAAAAACGAAAAGGAAAUUCAAAGCGUUUAAAUUAACAAGUAAUUAUUAUUAUGAAUACCGUUGCGAAAUGUCAAAAUAAAACAAAAAUUUUUGUGACGUCUAUAAACCAACAAACAAAACAAACAACAUCAAAAGUUAUAUUUAAUAUUUAAUCAAUCAAAAUACAAUUACAAAUACAACAUACAUUUAAACAAAUACGUAUUAUAAACAAUUUACAAAAUAACAUUAACUCUAACAUAUACUACUAAAUACUACAUAUUUAUUAUACAAAAAAACAUUUGCUUACAUUCAUACAUACAUAUUUAUAAACAUAAAAUAAUCCUUAAAGAUACAUCCUUUUCAUACACACUCUCUCAUAUACAAAAACAUAGAAAACAUACUAAUACACUUUAAGGCAUGAACAAACAUGUUUAGGAGACACAUUAAAAAAAUACAAUUUUGUACGUAUUACUAAAAAGAAAAACAAGUAAAAGUUAAAAAAGAAAAAAGUCUAAGCAAUAAUUCAGGUCUUUUUAACAAAAAAUGCAUUUAUUAUAUUUAAAAACUACAACAACAAUGGAAAGCUUUUUCUAAAAGGAUUCAUCAAAGCUUAAAGCAAGGUUUGAGUCUUACUUCAAGGAGUAUAAUAUAAAUCUUUCGAAUUGAUAUAAAUGUUGUUGUGGUUUUUACAAAAACUUAUUUUUCAUAACCGGUCUGAAACUUUAAAUGAAAUAAAUAUAAAUAUUACUUUUAUACUUUUUUUGUUUAACCGGUUUUUGUAAAUAAUUUAUAGUCCUUUUUUGUAUUAUUUCAAAAACUUUAGUUUAAAGGAAAAAGCACAAACGUUUAUACAAAAAAAAUACUCUUUCUUGUAACCUUUAACCCUUUCCUAACUCUCUCUCUCACUCUAAAUCUAAAAUAACGUAUUUUAAACUCUUGUACUCUCUUGAUCCUUAAAACAAAUUUAUAUAAAAUAUAUAUAAAAAACCAAACAUACAUACAUUAACA